UUUUGUUUAGUCGUCUCUCCAGCCAUUGUAUAAAAAUAGUUUAAAACACAUAUUUUUCUUCUUUUUAUAAUUGUAAAUUAAAAAUAAAAAAAUCUUACCCAUACUAAAUAAUAAUAAUAAUAGUAAUAAUACUUAAUCAUUAUAAUGGAAGUUCAAACGGUCGAAAAGAAACCCAAUACCGGAAAACAAACAGUGACGGCGACUGAGGAGACGUCUUCAGUGGCUGAACGUACCAAAGAGGUGACCAAAGACACGGCCAACUCGCAUCUGGAGCAGAAGGCCAAGAGCGUGCAGUCGGAGGAGUCGACCAAGUCGGUGUCGGAGUCGGUGGAGAAGCUGGCCAACGGUGGCGUGAAAAAGAAGACGGUAAUGUCCUCGUCGCAACAGUUCUCGUCCGAGGAAUCCUUUGAGGAGAGCUGGUCGUCCUCCGGGCCUGUCAUCACCACCACCGUGCCCAAGCAAAUCGAACAAUAACGACAAUAAUAUAUUGUUAUAUUUUAUUAUCAUCUACGUAUUUCAACAAUAUUUCACGACGAUGAUUUACGGUACGAUACCGCGUGUGACGAUGUAAUAUUGUAUUAUAUUGCAUAAUAAUAUUAUAAUAUGGUGAUGUUAAAUAGAUUGCGCGGAUAAAUCUGACGAUCAAUAAUGUUGCAUUUAUCAUUGUUAUACAUGUACUGUAUUAUAAUAUAAUAUUACAUACGUACGCGUGGCGUACUGCUAGUCAUUAUAUCGCUAACUGUCUGUACACAAUGUUAUAAUAUUAAAAUGUUAAUGUAAUAAUAUGUAAUUUUUUUUUCGAUUGUUUUCAACGCACACAAUAAUUUUAACCGGACAUUAUACAAUACAUUAUAAUAAUAUUAUACUAGUGUCAUUUAAUAUAAGUUCAGAUAUUUAUUUGA